AUGCUAUUAACUGCAACAUGUACAACAUCUGAUGUUGAAGAUAUACGGCAGAAUUUAAAUAUUUUACCAACCAAUUUUACUAUUAUUCGUGGUACUUCAUUGGCAAGACAAGAAAUUGAUAUUCAAGUAAUAUCAAAACCUUCAAAACAAAAUUUAUAUUCUCAAAUACAAAAUAUUUUGGUUGGCUUGACGACUGGAAGAUGCAUUAUUUAUUGUUCAGGACCUAGUUCUUGUCAAGAAUUGUUUCACUAUCUGCAUGAAAAUCUUUCAGCAUUAUCAUUUGGUUUGUAUCAUGGCGAAUUAGAUGGAGAACAGCGUAAAAUGGCAAUCAGAAAUUGGAAAACAGGAAUUAUUCAAAUUAUGAUAGCAACUAAUGGUUUUGGUAUGGGGAUUAAUGUGCCAGAUGUAUAUCUGAUUAUACAUACAACUAUUCCUUUGUCAAUGACAAAUUUUAUACAAGAAAUUGGACGAGCAGGACGUGAUGGAAAACCCUCAAAAAGUAUUGUGUUUUAUUCAAGAAAUGAUAUACGAACCUUAUUUUCAAUAAUUACACAAAGAGAAGAGAGGUAUGAUUAUUUAUUUGUCUUUUUUUUUUUAAUAAUAAAUUUUGACAAUGGGUUAGUCCACCGCAAGAGAAUAAUAGUGAAACAUUAGCAAAAAGAGUAAGACAUUAUGAGGGUCAACAAAAAAUAUUACAAGUGGUUCACUUCUGCGAAACAAAAUAUGUUUGUCGCCAUUUAUUGAUUGCACAUCAUCUUUCAUGGAAUGAAGAUAUUUCAAAUGAAG